AUGGCCGACCAGCUAUGUGGAGACAAUCACGGAUGCGAUGUGUUUUUGAGAUAUGUAAUUCCUAGCUUGGGAGCAAUAACAGCUCUAUCCAUCUUUCUGGCUCCAAUGCACUCUGUGCUCCAAGUUAGGAACUCUCAGAAGCUAACCGUCAAUCCAAAUCCAUUCCCACUCUUGACUGGAAACUGUUUCGGAUGGGCUCUAUACGGAUAUCUGGCACGAGAUUACUUUAUUAUGCUUCCCAACAUGAUUGGAUGGUCCACAUCAUCAUUCUACCUCUUCACGACAUAUCCUUUGCUGCAGCGCAAACAACAAGAUACUCUUGUGGGUCUCUAUAUUGCUUCCCAGGCUCUUCUCUUGUUUUCGGGAUGUUUCGCCUUUAUAACUUUGGGAGCUACCGAUACAACCGGCAAAACACUUGUGGGAAUUGUUACAACUGCAAUCUUGGUCGCAUUCUACUUUUCUCCAUUGAGUGGAUUGCUCCAAAUCAUACAGAGCAACGACGCGUCCUCAAUACAUAUGCCUCUUGCUCUUACUUCCUUAUGCAAUGGCCUGCUUUGGGGCGCUUAUGGCCUUACCAUAGCCGAUUAUUUUGUCGCUGUACCGAAUCUUUUUGGAUUUCUGACUGGCUGUAUUCAAGUUAUUUUGAAAGUUAUGUUGCCAUCACGAAGUAGACGUGGUUCAAAUGCAAGUUUACACGGUCAGUCAGACGAAGAGUCUUAA